UAAUAAAAAAUUGCCAAUAAGUAUCAAAAUAAUAUUUAGUGAACGCUUUAUAAUGAAUCGAAUGCUGCGAAAAGAUCCGCUGUUUUCAAAUAUGUUGCCGUUAAGUUGGUCACACUUUCGAAACAUGAUUACUGAUAAUUGUGAUAAUAUUGCCCGCUCACUGAUGUCAGAUUGAAUGUAGUAUUAAUACUAAUAAUAUUAAUUUUGUAAAUUUGUACUCUAUACUCCAAAUCUUCAAUAUUGAAUAUUCCUCUUUUGACUUUAGUAGUUUCAUACAUUUGUUGGUACUGUUGGUAGUCUCGUGUAAUAUUGUAGUUUAAAAAAAAAAAAUUUUAAAUGUCUGGUAGUGAGGUUACACCCGGCGGUGUGUUUUUGGUCUCGGUCGUCGGUCAGAUCGAAAAAGGCCACUUUUCGAACUACGACAACAUGUAUUGCAAAUAUGCUUUUGUCUACGGACCUGAUUGGGAAAUCGUGACCGGGAUCGAAGAAGGCAUAUCCCAAAUCGCUCAAAAGAGCCAAGACGAAAGGCAACAGGUCGUAUGGAAUUUCCCAUUAGACGUUUCUUUCAAGAGUACCAAUCCUCACGGGUGGCCACAGCUAAUCAUUAGUGUUUAUGGAUUGGACACUUUUGGGAACGACGUUGUAAGAGGUUAUGGAGUAUGUCACCUCCCAGUAGUCAAUGGACAAUCUUCCGAAGAGAUGAUUAUGUUUGUACCUGAAUCUAGUUCGACGUUACAAAAACUGACUUCAUGGUUGACCGGUAAAAGACCAGAAUACGUCGACGCACGGUUAUUAGCCAGGGGUGAUGGCAGGGAAGUGACUAGAGUCAGAAGUCAAGGAUGUGUUUGGAUUCAAUUUAAUGUUGUGUUCAAAGACUUUCAUCAUUAUGGAUUUGAGAACGAUAAUAACAGUUAAACAUUUGUCAUCAAUGAUGAUCUGUGAAUAAAAGUCCUUAUCACUGAGAAGAAGUUCUACUAAUUAUUUAAUUUUCCUUGUGGUAUGUUCAUAUAGCCACUUUAGUUGGAACCUAUGAAAUAAAUAAUGUGACUAAGGAUAAAAUGAUAGGUGAUUAUUGGAAACAUAGAUUUAAAAAAAUAAUAUUAUAAAUUUCUGUGAAUGAAGCAAAAUUGUAUUUAAAUG